AUGGCUUCAUCGGAGGCCCCCCAUCUGGGUGCUGGGGGGCAGCCUUCACCUGUGAAGUCUCAGCAGUCCUUCUCGGAUCUGUUCAAGAGUCCGACGGCGCCUGCUUUCUCGGUUCAGGCGACGGCUUCCACACAUCGUGGAGAGCCGGCUUUGAUUUUUUCACAGGAUGUGAUUCACAAGUUGUCUGAUCCAUUUCGAUAUGCGCUGGUUGGGAAAUUUCCUCGGGGUCGUCCUUCAAUGGAGUUGGCUCGUAAAUUUUUUGCAACGCUUGAUCUCAAACAGCCUGUUUCUGUUGGGCUGCUUGAUUCCCGCCACAUCCUCAUUAGGGUAGCCGAUGAGAGGGAUUUUCACCGUUUAUGGCUUCGGGGGGUCUGGUAUGUUCAGGGGCGGCCUAUGAAGCUGCUCAAGUGGACACCAGCGUUUCAUGUGGAUCGGGAGCCGUCUGUGGUACCGGUGUGGGUUUCUUUGCCCAAACUUCCCAUUCAUCUUUUCAAUCGAGAGUGUUUAUUUCAGAUUGUUGCUCUCUUGGGCGUUCCUCUCUAUGUUGAUGCUGCUACCGCAGCCAUGUCCCGCCCGAGUGUGGCUCGGAUUUGCGUAGAGGUGGAUCUCCUGAAGCCUUUAGUGUCUCGGGGGCAUUGCAAGGAGGAUUGCGUACUGCUUCACCCGGAGUUGAAGGCCCAGGCUCGGCCCCCUGGGGAGGUGCGGCCUCCGGGACGUCGCAAGGGACGGCUGCCUGUUGCGGCUGUGGCGAGUGAGAAGGUUGCGGCGUCGGAGGAACUGGCUAAGGAGCCAGUGGAGGCAGCUGUCCUGGAUGAAGGGGAUGGGCAGGGUGUUUCGGUCCCUCCGGGGAUGCAGGCUAUUCACAAACGGACGUCGUUGGAUCUGGAUGUUGUGGUGGUUGAGGAGGCGUCGGAGGAUGAAGUCCAGGAUGGGCCGGAGAUGGAUGCGGUCCCCCUGUUGUCUCUUGCAAUAGCAGGGCAGCAGGAGCCUGGUGCAGUGGUGGAGCACCUAGUGGAGGACGCUAUGGUUUCGGCUGCGGAGGCGAUCAUUGUGGACCUUGCUGACCAGGUGGCUGCGGAGGUGGUUGAUGAUGAGUCUGCUUUGUCGGUGCACAUGCAGCAGGAGAAGGUUGUAAUCUCAGAACUGAACCUUUCUCCACGCAAAUCUGUUCCUCCCUUGGCGGCCAUGGAGGCGCUUAAACGUCGGCGUGGUGACAUGAAGCAGAGACAGCCUGGGGUGGUUGAGGCCCCGCCAGGGGUCUGUGAACCCAAAAUGGAUGGCUCUCGUUUUGAUUUGAUCCGCCAGAGGUUGGGCUUUGAUGCUUACUGCCCUUCUGACGAUGGCCGUCUUGUUGUUUUUUAUUCUACUGAAUUCUCUUGCUCUAUUGUGGGUCAAUCCUCUCAGUAUUUGGCCCUUCGCGUGAGGCAUUCUCAGUUGCGAACUGAGGUGGUUGGGGUCUUUGUGCAUGCGGCCUGCUCUGUCAGGGACCGCCGCGAGCUUUGGGCGGACUUACGGACACUGCAGGUGUUGGGGCUGCCUCUUAUCUUUCAUGGGGAUUUUAAUGUUAUCUUGUAUGCGGAGGAGAAGAGAGGAGGUCGGAAUUUUUGCAGGGUUGGGUCGGAGGACUUUCAUGAUUUCAUACAGGAUUUGGACUUAACAGAUGUGGGUUUUUCUGGGAACCAGUUCACGUGGUGUAAUAAUCGUCAGGGUAGGGCGCGGGUCUGGAAGAGGCUGGAUCGUGUCCUGGUUGAUCGUGGCUGGUUGGGAAGUGGUGUGGUGCCGUCGGUUCUUCACCUGGCUCGCACUGCUUCUGACCAUUCCCCGUUGCUGGUUUCUUACUUGCUUUCAGGCUUGUCCUCUCCGAGGAGUUUCCGAUUCCAAGACGUUUGGCUUCGGCAUGAUAGUUUUCAGGGUGUAGUUCAGGAGGCUUGGUGUUCUGGUAGCUCUGGCCGACCGAUGCGCCGUUUCUUGCAUAAGCUUAAGGCAGUAAAGGCGGCUUUGACAGGUUGGAACAAAAAUGUUUUUGGAAAUGUCUUUGAUGCCGUACAGCAGGCUGAGGAGGAGGUUGCUCAUUUGGAGGCUGUGGCGGUGGCCCGACCUUCCCCGGAGGUGGACUUGCGGCUUGUUCAGGCUUCUUCGGUCUUGAAGGAAGCCUUGCUGCGUCAAGCCAUAUUCUGGAGACAGAAAUCCAGGUUACGCUGGCUGAAGGAGGGUGAUGCCAAUUCUAAGUUUUUCCAUUCUUAUGUGCGUCAACGCAGGGUGAAGGUUCGGAUUCAUAGGCUUCAGAAUUCUUCUGGUGUGUGGACUGAAGAUGUAGGUUCUAUUCAUGCCAUGGCGGAGACGUUUUUCUCAGACUUGUUUACCCAGGGGCCACUGGAUCAGGUGACGGGAGAUGAAUUAUCUCGAAUUCCAACUCUUUUAAUGGAGGAUGAUAAUCGGGAUUUGGAACGGCUUCCUUCAGUUGAGGAGGUUCGAGGGGCGGUCUUUUCUUUGGAUAGGGACAGUUGUUCUGGGCCGGAUGGGUUCCUUGGGUCUUUCUAUCAGGAUUGUUGGGAUAUUAUAGGUGGGGACCUCUUUGCUGCAGUCGCGGAUUUUUUUGUUGGUGCUGAACUCCCGUGUGGGAUUUCGGCCACUUGGUUGGCAUUGAUUCCUAAGCAGUCGGCCCCCAAGUCCUUUGCUGACUUUAGGCCGAUUAGUCUUUGUAAUUUCUCCAACAAGAUUAUUUCCAAGAUUCUUGCAGUUCGGCUAGACAAAGUUCUCCCCCGACUCAUUUCCCCUCAGCAGAGUGGUUUUGUUAAGGGGCGGGCCAUUGCUGAUAAUAUUCUGCUUGCUCAGGAAAUGAUAUCUAGGAUUGGGAAAAAGGUCCGAGGUUCUAAUGUGGUUUUGAAACUGGACAUGGCCAAGGCCUAUGAUCGGGUUUCGUGGAUGUUUCUUUUAUCAGUAAUGCGGAAAUUCGGGUUUGGGGAGGUUUGGUUGGACAUGGUUUGGCGGCUGGUUUCCUCUUGUCAUUUUUCAGUAUUGAUCAAUGGUGGUCCGGUUGGGUUUUUCAGGUCCACUAGGGGUUUGCGGCAGGGUGACCCGCUAUCUCCGGCGCUUUUUAUCAUUAUGGCGGAGUUCCUAUCCCGUGGGCUGGAAUCUCUUCCUUUGUCUUCUGGUUUUAUCCCUUACUCGGUUCCUUCGGGAGGGUUUCCCCCUGUGCAUUUGGGGUAUGCGGACGACGUUAUAGUCUUUUGCAAUGGGGGGCGGGCUUCCGUGAGGAAAGUCAUGGGGGUUUUAUCUGGUUAUCAGCGAGUGUCUGGUCAGCUAGUUAAUGCCCAAAAGAGUUGUUGUUUGUUCUCAAAGAAGGUUUCUGGUCUUCGCAGUCGGAGGGUUGCGGAGGACACGGGUUUUGCUCGAAAGUCUUUGCCUAUCACGUACUUGGGGUGCCCAUUGUAUGAGGGUCGCCGAUCUAAGUCCUUGUUUGCUGGAAUCAUUGAUAAAAUUCAGGCUCGUUUGCUGGCCUGGCAGAAUCGGUGGCUUUCCAUGGGGGCGAGGUUGAUUCUUAUUCGGCAUGUGCUUACGACUGUCCCAAUUCACUUGCUGGCAGUUUUGGAGCCUACUCGUGGGGCAGUUUGGGAGAUUGAGAGGAUGUUUGCGCGGUUUCUUUGGGGGGUUAAUCAUUUUCAUUGGUGUGGUUGGGCCAAGGUGUGUUUUCCGGUGGAGGAGGGGGGCCUAGGGGUUAGAUCGUUGCAGUCUAUCUCUAACGCUUUCUCCUGUAAAUUGUGGUGGCGUUUUCGGCAGCAGGACUCUUUGUGGGCGAGGUUUUUGUCAGGUUUGUAUCUCCGGGGAGGUCAUCCUAAUCAGGUGGUAGUGGGUCCGUCGAGUUCGGCAAUCUGUAGGCGGAUGUUCCAAGUACGUGAGCAGAUGGAAUUACAGAUCCGUUGGGAUGUUUCUCUCGGAGAUUGUUAUUUCUGGUGGGAUAAUUGGAGCGGAUUGGGCCCCCUUGCCUGGCGGUUUCCAGCCCUUUCUUCUGACCAUAAGGUUAGGGAUUUUUGGCUUCAGGGGACUUGGGACUGGGCUCGUCUCUCGUCUUUCCUUCCACCGGAGGUUUUGGAGGUGAUGGGGGAGACUUUUAUGUGUUUUGGGGAUUUACCAGAUCAGCCCUGUUGGCAGUUGGCAUCCUCGGGUUGUUUCUCCAUGGCUUCGGCUUAUCACCUGGUCCGUCGGGCUGGGGUGAAGUUGCCUUUGGAUGAUGUGUUAUGUGUACGGUGCCGGUUUGCGGGCCCCUCCCAGUGCCCGUUGUGCUUGGCUGCUCGGGAGACGGCUGAUCAAUUGUUUUCUUCCUGCUCGGUGGCCCAGGCCAUCUGGUCAUUCUUUGAGUCUCGGUUGGGGAUUUCGCCGGCUUCUUGUGGGUAUCGGCCUAGAUGUAUGGCAUGGUGGUCUCAACCUGUGAGUAAGCUGUCGGUUCGGUGGCUGUACAGGAUUUUGUCUAUUCUCAUUCUUUGGUUUUUGUGGAAGGCUAAGAACAAAUGGCGUUUCGAUGGCAUUAAGUGGUCUGUCCGUACGUUGUGUUCUUCUAUAUUCCAAGAGCUCUCGCUUAUUUGUUCUAUCAAGUUUCCUGGGCGUUCACUUCCGCCCGAACUUGGGGAUCUUGUGUCCGUUAUUUCGGGGAUCCAGCGUCCUUUAAAGUCUACGUUGGUUACUUGGGGAUUCCCUCCAAGUGAUUUUGUCAAGCUUAAUACUGACGGGUCCUCCUUGCCCACAGUUGGUGCUAGUGGAAUUGGUGGGAUUCUUCGAAGGGCUGAUGGGUCGUUCGUUGGAGCGUUUGCGGCCAAGUUACCUUUGGUGGAUUCUUUGCAGGCGGAGGCUUAUGCAAUGCUGCAAGGGCUUCAAUUAUGUCAACAGCUGGGUUUCUCCAUGGUACAGGUUGAGUCUGACUCGUUGGUUUUGGUACGGGUGGUGGCAGGGAGUUUUACGAUUCCAUGGGCGGUUCGGCCGCUUAUCAGAGCGAUCCGUGACAUUUUGCCGUUGGACUUUCGCCUCUCCCAUUGUUUCCGGGAGGCAAAUACGGUAGCUGACUCUUUGGCAGCGGUAGGAGUUACUUGUAGCGGGCAUUUGGACUUUCCUUCAUUCAUUUCUCUUCCACGUCUGUCUCGGUCCCUCUUUGUGCUAGAUAGGGAGCAGGUUCCUAAUUUCCGGUUUUCCUUUCGUAGAUAG